AUGGCCCCACUACCGAAUGCUGAAUUAGUUCAGAACUCGUUGCAGUUGUAUCGUUACCUGCUUCGAUGCUGUAAACAACUUCCUGAAGAGAAUAUUCGUCAGCAUUACAGACAUGCGGUCAGGCAGAGUUUCAGAGUUCAUGCAGAUGAAGACAAUCCUGAGCGAAUCCAGCAGAUUAUUAAGAGAGCCAUUGAAGAUGCCGACUGGGUCAUGAAUAAAUAUAAAAAACAGAAGUAG